AUGCCCGGACGAAGGCCCCGUGAAAUCUCGACCCACCUCAUAAAACACGUGAAACAAUAUCUUGGGCGCAACACGCUAUGUCCCCGCAACCUGAGCAGCCUCAUCGUCCCUAAACAGUUGGGCAUAAGCGAUGCUAACAUACCUCUAGCAAAGAAACAAGACGAAACCAUAGCAAAGUUGAUCCGUAUGCAUGAUAUAUAUCCACAGACGAAGCUCGCUGCACGCAUGGCUGCGCGGCGCAAAGAAUAUCUUAAUCAAAGCCCUCGGUUAAAGCAGAUCUUUAUUUACAGCGGGGCACACUCCCAG